UUUUUUUUUCCCUUGGUUUAAGUCAUUGUUUAAGUCCAUGCUGGAAUGCGCUCGCUGCGACGGACACCAUGACUAAUAAAGUUCUUAAGAUGUGACGUUCGAGGCUCACGAAGCACAAAGGGAAGCGCCUCCAUAGAGGGGCGGAGGUGCGCCGCGGCCGCAGAGUUUGUUUACCUCACCUGCCGAAGUGCGACAGGGAGGGGACGGAGGAGGUGGCCAUUUUAUCAACCUUUUCCUGGACAAAGUUAAGAAGCCAAGGCAGAUCAUAUACAGUACCUGCCUGCGGUCUACAAGUUGGCAACUUUGGUCUCUGCUUUUACAUCGGAGCAUCCUCAACAUGGUGGCGUAAUAGCAUAACUAUCCGCCCGGAAUAAAAAAGUUCACAAUGAAGAAAGGACAUCUUAAUUUUCUGGGUAAGAAGAACCAGUCACUCUUCGACUCCAAAAUUACAGCUAAGGAGACAGAAAAUGUUUAUUUUUCGUUGGACACCUCAUCAGUCCCUGAAUCAGGCACAGCAAAAGUGCGAGCCAGACCAAGAGUGAAACACUACGCUUCUUCCUCUGACCUCCUGCAAGGCUUGGCUGUCCCAACACCCAAGGUGCCCAUCUUGCCACCCGUCAAUGGCCUACAGACAUUUGGGGAAGUGAACAGACAGAAAUUUGGAAGCAGAUUCUCUCUGGCUGUGCCUGACCCAGUGGAAGGAGAGAUCUUCAUUCCGCCGCCACCCUCUGUGGCUCCUCCACCACCCCCCCCACAGUCCAUCCCACCUCCACCAGAGUUUUCACUCAACCCAACCCCCCCUUCUAAGUCGCUCCAGCUGGCUUCCAUACAGCCCCCACCCUUGCCUCCUCCAAAGCCCCCGGUCCAAAUCACCAUGAAAGAUGAAGACCUGGCUUCUCUCAGACCACCAUCAAUGCCAGCUCCCAAGGCUCCCUCCAGCUCACCUGGUUUCAGCCUCUCAGGGCCUAGGCUGUCCAAUCCACCAAAUGACCUGGAGGUACCAGAGCAUCCUAAAUUUGCUCCUCCACAACCCCCAACGUACUCCGUAGAGCAACUUCAGAUGAUCAAUCUCAGGACUCCGAAAGUUCCACCUCCAAAGCCAACGAGGUUCUCCUCCAUGCCCAGUCAGGAUGGACUGCCUUCAUUUAUGGCACCGCCUCCUCCAUCCCCUGCACCAACACCAUCCAGCUUCAACCCACAGAACAUGGCAAAGGUCAACAGUUCACCCAAAUCUACCCUGCUCAAUAGGCAGAUGAGCCGUGAAAGAAAAGCUCAAUCUAUGGUUAUUCUACAAGAUAUUACUGAUGGUAUACCUUUGCAGCAAGAAGUAAAGCAUCCAAAGGAUGUUCCGACAAAGUCAGCUGUACCUCCGUCGAAGCCAGCUCGAAGGAACAGCUCUGGAACCCAGCUGGAGAAUGAUAUUAAGAACUACAGUUCGCAAGCAACUCUUCCUAGUCAGGCCAAGAUUAAUGCAUUAAGCUCCAAAUCCAUGGAAACAACGGAAAACCAUAACCCACUCACACCUCCUUCCCCAAAAGCUUCUCCCAAGCUACGAAGGACUAGUUUAACCUUGCCAAAUGUAGAAUCAAGUUAUGUGAAGCCAGCUUUGUCUUCAGAGAGAGGCAGUAAGCAUGGCCCUUAUAGCCAUAUGCCUCAAAACAAUAUGUCCAGUAGAGGUAGUGUGUCACCAAUGGCUCUUCUGAUGGCUGCCAAAGAGCGAGAAAAGCAAAGGACAUCCCUGACCAGGGGGAACAGCUCCAGUGAACCAUCCACACCAGUGAAUAUGCUCCCCAGUGAGUCCAGGCCUAAUUCUUUCACAGUUGUCCCUAGGUUCACUUCAUCUUCAGGUCUGACAGAUCGAGAAAACUCAGACCAGGGUCUCCUUCCUGGUGACCAAAACUCAAGUUCGAAAAAACAAAUGACUGCUCAGCCUCAUACGACCCCCCCACACUUAAAAUUACCAGACAAGAAAACAACUCCUAGCGUACCUUUCCCCAGCUGCAUCAGGGAUGAGGAAAGUGGUGAAGAUUUAUGUGCAGCCUUCAUCCCUCCUCCUCCAGAAUUUGCCAAUGAAGAUGAUGAGGAACAGGGGGGCGACCUGGUCCAUGUUGAAGAACCUUCAAAGCCGAUCCAGUCUGACACUUCAACAGGGAUAACCAGCCAUCUGGCCCCGACGUCUUCAGUUAUCUUAGACCACCAUAACAAUGGUCCCGUCCUGAACCUUAACCCUUCAUCCCAAAAGAUCAGCCAACCUCCUCCAACACCACCACCUCUCCCAGUGUCAUUCAGCAAAGGGCCUCCCCCUCCCCCAAAGCCAAAACCAGGAAAAGGACCAAAGCCCCCAAGCUCCCCUGUUGCAAAAUCCAAUGUUUUGACCAAACCUCCACCUCAAGUUUCCCUGAAGACGGGCUCUGCUCCCCUCUCCACAAGCCAGGCCACUCUCCUAAGCAUCCUACAGAAAAAGAUGCUGGAAAUGGACCUGAAGCAUGUGCUCCCUCAGUCGGACAAUAACAACGAGGACUGGGGAACACAUCUGUCCGACGAGGAGGGUGGGGUUCCCUUGUCACCGAAGCAGACCCCUGCCAUAAGCCCUCAAGCCCCGCCUCCGAAGACCCAGAGCCUGGAUUUGGGAGAGUUGGAAAGCCAAGUGGCUAAGAGAGCUUUAACUGCAUCUACAAAACCUACCUCCAGUGACGGGCCACAGUCGAAGCAUCCUGCUGGCAUGACCUUUGCCGUGCGACCUGGAAGCAAACAGCCCAUCACACUGAUCAGCAAAAACAAUUAACUCUGAGACGACGUAGGAUCAUUCUGGACAGGAGCCUUUGCUCAUAUCAUCUGCACUCCUGCUCUAAGAAACGAUAUUUGUUAUCCACGCAAGACUUUGAUUAUAAGGUCACUGUAAAUAAUUCCAUAAGUCUAAACAGUUAGCUGUAUGUUUCUGUACAUAAAACUGGAGUUGCAAGGGAAUGGUUUCCAUUGCAGGUACAAACUAUAUAUUUAUGCAUGACCUAUAAGCUGUUAAAUGUAAGCUUUUUUGUGUGGAAAUGGCUGUAUUGCCAUUGGCUGUCUAUACCUACAAAUCAGAAAAAGGCUACAGACCAGGUCAAAUACUGCUAUACUAUAACUGGAAUACAUCUGAUGCUCAGCAUAUGAGAUUCAGUCCGGGAAGAGCAGUUACUACACGCAGCUUUUGGAAAUGGACUUUAUGCACUACAGUGGAGUAUUUUUUUGGGGACACUGACAAGUUUAAACGAAACACAAUGAACCAGCAUGAAGUCAUUGUCAUGUGCUUAUCUUUAAGAACAUGUGAACUCAUAAAAAUGCUUAAGGACUAUCA